AUGCACACCUGCAGCAAUCUGCUAUUCCUUCGAAGGUUCAUGGAGGCAGUGAUACAGUACACUGGCGCCAGGAAAAUCGACGUCAUCGCACAUUCGGUUGGUGUCGUUAUGGCCAGAAAAGCUCUGAAAGGAGGUUCCCUCAUCGGAACUGAUGGGAACUGCACUCUCGGUCCUCCGCUAACGGCCAAAGUUGACACUUUUGUCGGCAUUGCCGGGCCAAAUUACGGUGAGACAGCUUUUAAACAACUUUUGCGAGCGCCGAAGAGGCUGACUACCCUGCCAGUCUCAUGGGUACAAUAUAGAUAA